AUGGGGCCAAGCUACUGGCUAUUUGUCUGCUUUCUGCUCUGGGGAGGCUCGGGGCUGUGCUCCCUCCUGCCCUUCUGGAAGGACUGGACCCGCCGCUCCUUGCUCUCUGAACAGCCAGUGUCGGUUGAGUGUCUGGAGGCCCAGCUGGUGGUCACUGUCAGCAGAGACCUCUUUGGCACUGGAAAGCUCAUCAGGCCAGCAGACCUCACCCUGGGUCCUGACAACUGUGAGCCUCUGGUCUCCAUGGACACGGAUGAUAUGGUCAGGUUUGAGGUGGGGCUGCAUGAGUGUGGCAAUCACUUACAGGUGACUCAUGAUAUGCUGGUGUACAAAACCUUCCUGCUUCACGACCCCCAUCCUUGGGGAAACCUGUCCAUCCUGAGGACUAACCACGUGAUGGUCCCCAUCGAGUGCCACUACCCCAGGCAGGGCAAUGUGAGCAGCCAUGCCAUCCUGCCCACCUGGGUGCCCUUCAGCACCACCAUCUCUGCAGUGGAGAAGCUGACCUUCUCUCUGCUCCUGAUGGAGGAGGACUGGAAGACGGAGAGGAAGUCCCCUGCCUUCCAGCUGGGAGACACAGCCCACUUCCAGGCCCAGGUUCACACGGGCAGCCAUAUGCCACUGCGACUGUUUGUGGACCACUGCAUGGCCACACCUACGCCAGAUGGGAACAGCACCCUUUCUCACACCAUCGUGAACUCCCAUGGUUGCCUUGUGGAUGGUCUCUCUGAUGCUUCUUCUGCUUUCAAAGCCCCCAGACCUGGGCCAGCGACUCUGCAGUUCACAGUGGACAUGUUCUACUUUGCUAAUGACUCCAGAAACACGAUAUACAUCACCUGCCACCUGAAGGUCACACCGAUUGACCAAGUCCCGGACCAACUAAACAAAGCCUGUUCCUUCAGCAAGUCCUCAGAAAGCUGGUACCCAGUAGAAGGCACCGCUGACAUCUGUCACUGCUGUAACACGGGGGACUGUGGCUCUCCCAGCCACCUGGGGCAGGCGAGCCCCACGCGGCGGCAGCGGCGUGAGAUCCACGACCACGCAGAUGUCACCGUGGGGCCACUGAUCUUCUUGGGAAAAGCUGAGGACCACGGUGUGGAGGAGUCAACUUCCCACACAGCUGCGGCACUGAGCUUUGGCCUGGUCACGGUGGUGGCCUUGACCCUGACUAGCCUUGCCCUGAGUUUUGCCCGGAGACGACAUGCUGCUUCCCACCCUGUGGUGUGUCCUGUGUGUGCUUCCCAAUAA